UUCGAAGAAAUUUCCUUACCGAAACACCAUCAGUCAGAAUUACUCAACUCUAGUUCCUCACAAAACGAAUGGUCGCAAUUUGAGCGUGACCACUUCCUCACAGCAUUACCAUCUGUCGACAUUGUCUCCUUUGAAGGCUUGAAGCCAGAAUUUUCCGAAAGGAUUUUCGAGCUCGUCUUGGAGGGACUCGCGAAAUAAAACAUAAUGAAGACGCCACAGGAAUGCCAGAAACUUUAUGAUGGUUUGGUUGAGAAAGGAAGCAACUCUAAGGCAAUGGAACAAAAGGAAAGUUUGAUCAAAAUCUUCGACCGUUAUUUGACUGAAAUCUUUGGCAAGUAUGCAAGCAAUCAUCAGGGAUCGGAAAAGUCUGGACUGGAAGAGGAGAAUAACACAGCAAGAGAGACGAGUAGUAUCAAGGUGGAGCCACUUCUUCGGGACGAAAACUUGAGUCUUCAACUUGAGUCUUCAACACAAAGAUAAUAGCGAGCCUGCCAACUCUUACCUGACAUUUGACUGCUGAUCACCACAGGAAGAUCAGUGCUUAUACGAGGAGUACAAGGCCAACUUUGAAGACAAUAAGUAUGACGGACGUCUCGCUGAACAUCGAUGGAAUUCGAUCGCUCGCAAUCUUGAAGCUCGAGGAUUUCCAAGAAGGACAAGGGGCUCUUGUGCUAGUCACUGGGCAGUCAAGCGCAGUUAUAUUGGUUAUAAUGAAAAUUGCACUUUGAUGGAUUACCAUCUUUGCACAGUCAAUACUAACCUCUAAUAAUAGAUCAGGGAAUAAUACGUCGAAGAAGCGGCGCAGCGCGGUUUAGAUAUUGUUCUUACGGAAGCACAGCGAGACGAGCUUGACGUUGCUUAUAAGAUUAAAGCAUCCGGAUAAUGAAACGGAAGCUGCUUUGGCAGAGCGAGUGGAACUGCUCCCCUAGAAGUGAAGGUAUGUGUUCAAUUACUGUAUUUCUUUUGUAAAUAGCAUUUUAACUUUGUCCUUUCAAGACAUGGCUCGAAAAGAAGAAUGGCAGAAGAGGGUCAACGGAACAUUCGAGGAAAAGGCAACGCCUGACGAGCCCACAUAACGACAAUUUUUACUCAGCUUCCCCAGUCACUGCUUCCCGAGCGAAUCAUAUAGCAACAUCAUUUAAAUCUCAACCAACAAAGCAAGAGUUUGAAGGUAUGACUUCUUUCUCAAAGUCAACACUUUCUGAAUCAUCAAACCUUGAUGUCGGCUUUCCGAAGAACUUUGCAGAUUUCUGUAUGCAAUAGCGACAAAGAUUAGAGUCAGAAUACAAAGAAUGCCAAACGACAAUACAAGAGGCAGGGGACGGUAUCACGAAGCACGAGCUCGAGGCCCGGAAGAACCUUCUUGCCGUCCAGAUAUUGAAGAAACAACUCGAUGUAGAAGAGCGGAGGUUGGAGUUAUUGCGCAGGCACAUUAAGAGGUUACAAUGAUGGAGUUUUAGAUGUAAGUGCAGAGUG